AUGGGCUGCUACCUGCAACUGCUGCUGCUGCUGCUCCUGGGACUGGCAGGUCAGGGCUCAGCUGACAACCAUCCCGAGGUGCUACAGGCACCCGUGGGGUCAUUCAUUCAGGUGCAGUGCCACUACCGGCUCCAGGAUGUGAGGGCACGAAAGGUGUGGUGCCGGUUCUUGCAGGAAGGCUGCCAGCCAUUGGUGACCUCAGCUGUGGACCGAAGAGACCCAGAAAAUGGGCGCGUAUUCCUCACUGACCUGGGUGGGGGGCUCCUACAGGUGGAAAUGGUGACCCUGCAGGAGGAGGACACAGGGGAGUAUGGCUGUGUGGUGGAGGGAGCCGAGGGGCCCCAGACCCUGCACAGGGUCUCCCUGUUGGUGCUUCCGCCAGUUCCUGGCCCAGGAGAGGAGAAGGAAGUAGAGGACAAGACGGAGAGCUCUAGAACCGGAAGUCUGCCAAAGGAGCCCUCCUUGGACGCUGUGGGAAGUGUUAGUCCUCCCGAGUUCCGAAGGCAUGAGAACAGAAUCCAGCUGAUCUGGGGUGCUGUGCUCCUGCUGGGCCUGCUGGUGGUGGCGGUGGUGCUGUUUGCUGUGAUGGCCCGAAGGAAAGGGAGCAGGCUUGGUGUCUGUGGCCAGUUCCAGAGCAGUGGAGCUUCAGGCAUGGAACCCUCCUCAGCAGCCCACUACAGCAGUGACUCUGGACUGGCUGCUGGGCUGCCCACGGACGUACCAUACGUGAGGCUAGACUCACCACCUUCCUUUGACACCACCUACCCGGGCUUUCCUCUUGAUCCUCCAUCAAGGAAACCCCCGGCCCCACCCCUACAGCCCCCUCUGCCUCCUAAGGUUCUGGUGUCAUCCAAGCAUGUGACAUAUGCCACAGUUGUCUUCCCAGGAGGAGACAAAGAUGAAGGAGCCUCCUGUGAGGCUGCUGGGGGUCUACCAAACAGUCAAACUCCACCCAGCUAA